AUGGAUUCAAGCAGGCUCGUCUCCCACAACCCAGACCACCAUCUCCUUCUCAUAACUAACGACCCACCAGCAAUCUUCUGCAACGUCUUUCUCUCUGGCUUCGAUGGGACGAUCACAGCUUCUACCUACGCAGUAAUCGGUUCAGACUUCAACGCCGCCAACACCGUCUCCUGGAUCACGACCUCGUACCUCAUCACCACCACCGCGUUCCAGCCCCUCUAUGGCCGCUUCUCAGACGUCCUGGGCCGGCGAGUAUGUUUCUUCACUGCUACUAUCGCGUUCUCCCUUGGAUGUCUAGGCUGUGGCCUCGCCCCCAAUAUUAUCUUCCUCAACCUGAUGCGGGGCCUCACCGGCCUCGGUGGGGGAGGACUGGUCACAAUGGCCACGAUCAUCAACUCUGAUAUCAUCCCACUACAGAAUCGAGGCAUGUAUCAAGCUUCUCAGAAUGGUCUUUUGGGGUUCGGGGCAAUUUGUGGUGCGAGUUUGGGAGGAGUCAUUGCUGACUCGGUGGGUUGGAGGUGGUGUUUCUUGUGUCAGGUUCCCGUCUCAAUGGCGGGUCUCAUCGUGGGACAUUUUGUUAUCAAGAAUCCGGCUCCGUCUAUGACCGCUGUUAGGACCGGGGAGUCUGGGCAGAUGUCGCUUUGGAGACGGAUUGAUUUCUCUGGGGCCAUACUAUUGGUGCUGGGUCUGUCUUCUCAGUUGACAGCGCUGAGUCUUGGUGGUAAUCAGUACCCGUGGUCUGACACCAGAGUCAUUGUCAGCUUUGCCAUCAGUGUUGUCAUUCUUAUCGUCUUCGUCUGGGUGGAGUUGAAAACGGAGGCUUUACCAGUCUUGCCGAUGUCGAUGCUGAGAGGAAGAGUUGUUAUCAGUAACACGGUCAGCAAUGUAUUGUGUGGAAUGUCUGCUUUCGCAUUCCUUUUCACAAUUCCACUCUUCUUCCAAGUCGUACUCUCGGAGUCAGCCUCGAAGGCUGGUAUCAGACUCAUCAUUCCCUCGCUCGGAACUCCCGUUGGUGGACUCAUAGCAGGCUUCACCAUGAGUCGCUGGGGAAUGCUCAAUCACCUCGUGCGCCUCGGCUGUCUCCUAAUGGUAAUCGGGAAUGGAGUGAUGGCAACACUCAACUAUCACGACUCGAGCUGGAAAUACAUCGUCUACCUCUUCCCUGCAAACCUCGGCCAAGGAAUUGUCUUCCCAAGCAUGCUCUUCACCAACAUCGCAGCAUUCCAACAAUCUCAACAAGCAGUCUCAACCUCAACGGUCUACCUUUUCCGCUCCAUGGGUAGCGUCUGGGGCGUCGCAGCCGCAUCAACGAUAAUUCAGAACGUCCUCUCGUCCAGACUGCCCGGGGCAUUGUCCGGAAUACCAGAUAAAUUGAAAAUCAUCACCUCAAUCCGCCACUCCAUCACCGCGCUCAGCUCCCUCGAUCCGGAGGUCCAAGAAAUCGCUCAUCGCGUGCACUUCGAGGCCUUACAGCUUGUGUUUCUAGCCUCCACUGCAUGGGCGCUCAUCGCGCUGGUUGCGGCAUUUUUCGCAAGAGGGCAGAGGUUGGAUCGUCGCUGA